AUGAGGAGCAAUGGUACGAAAUCGGAAUCGAUGAUCCAAACUGAACCUCCAAUUUCCACGGUGGAUGCCUCUUCAUCGUCCUCACAGCUUCCAUUAUCGCCACCAUGGAUCGAGCUGCCGGAUGAUUUGAUGGCGAAUAUCCUGCAAAGGUUGGGUGUUGCAGAGAUUUUGUUGAGGGCGCUGUACGUGUGUGCUACAUGGUGGAGAGUCUGCCAGAGUCCCGCCAUGUGGCGCUUCAUUCAUUUGGAUCGUCACGGUUACCCGGCCAACGAAUUUGAUUGCAUUUUCUAUCGGGCAGUGGAUCGUAGCCUGGGACAAUUGAUCGAGCUAAAGCUUUUCGGUUUUCAUCUGGAUGCCUUGCUAUGCUAUGCAGCCGAGCGGUAUAAUUCUCACUAUUCUCUUGGUUUGUUGGAAGAGUUGCAUCUUGUCAUACUACCAUGGCUCACUGCCGAAGAUUUCGAAAGCAUUGGCAUCGCUUGCCCCAUGUUGAAAUCUUUUACAUAUUACAACGAUUGGGUAGGCUAUCCAGAAUUUACAGAGCAUGCUGUAGCCAUUGGAAAAAACAUGCCUAACCUGCGUCAUUUCCGACUUUAUUCUCACAAUAUUGAAAAUAAGGGGCUGGAAGCGAUUCUCGAUGGCUGCCCCAACCUAGAAUCACUUCAUCUCCGGAAAUGCUUCGGUCUUGAUCUACAAGGGGUUCUAGAUAUUGAUUAUGAACAUGAAUAUGAUCAUAUUGACUCCAUUUGGCCGCCAUCUUGA